GGAGUACGUCGUCCAGCUUCACGUAGAUCUCUUCCUUUUUCCUUCCUCUCCAUGCUUGAAGUUCUCGUCGAUAGCUGCCUAGAUAGCUGAAUAGUGUCACAAUGUCCUUGCUUUUGCAUUUCUUCCUAUAUCUUGGGUUGCAAGCAUAUUUGGUAUGACACAAUUCUCAAUAUCUGCAGCCUGGUAUCCACUGUGGGCCUUUGCUGUCCUUGUGUUUGUGGUCUCGGUUCCUUUGGCUUUUCCUGUACAUGGUUUCUAUCGCUAUAUCCUAGGACUUUCCGCCCCGCACUGGCUGAGACGAAUGGGCUUAAUGUCACCCGCUAAAGCUGAUUGGGAUGCCUCUCUCCAAGUACCCCGGUCUGCGGCUAAAAGACCUUUUUUAUUGGGCUAUUCUGAAUCGGCAACAAAUAACAACUCUGCCAUAACCCUAAGCUUGUACUCAGGGGAGAGCAGCAAGAAUGAGAAGAGAAGCAAGAACGAGGAGAGCAGCAAGAACGAGGGGAGCAGCAAGCACGAGGAGACCAGCAAAGGUCAAGCGAUUGAUAGCCUCAUCUCUCGGAAGCAAGCUAUUCAUUCUCGGUUCCAACCUUUUUCCUCUAAGCGGAAAACCUUCGUUUUUUCAACCAAAAAUUCUUCACCACAUGCUGGGCCUGUCCCUAGGGGACCAGAUUCAAACCGCGCCGAAAGAGACGUUGGUGCUGUUCCCCCCCUAGCCUCCGAGGGCUCGAGAUCGCAUCAGGUUAGGGGGCGCCGGCUCAACUAUACACCUAUGUUUGCUUCCCUACAAUCACCCUUAGGGCCAGCCCCAGGCCAUACUCGAGAUAUAUCUGGUAAUCAGAGACCUCUCAGGACAUUUGAAAUCACCUCUGCUGUGGAACAUCCGAUGGACGUUCAUGCUGUCUCGCUGCAGGCCCAAAUUCAAGAUGGCAAGCCAAAUAUACUCGACUUAGAGGCCCAGAGAUCAAAUUCCUCAUCGUAG